AUGGGCGCCACCCUAUUCCACCGAUCCAUCCUCGAAGUUCGGUUGCCGAAGCACUUCGACAAACCAACGGACAUGAGGUAUGAUGGAACCCAAGACCCUCUGGAACACCUCACGGCCUUCGAGGCCAGAAUGAAUCAGGAGGGAGUAGGAGACGAGGUGAGGUGCCGGGCCUUCCCGGUCACCCUGGCAGGGCCUGCGAUCCGGUGGUUUAACGGCUUCCCACAAGGAUCCAUCUACGAGUUUUCGGACAUUAGCCGUGCCUUCUUAGCCCAAUUCACAACACGAAUAGCAAAGACUAAGCACCCGAUCAACCUACUUGGGAUAACCCAAAGGCCCGGGGAGCCGACCAGAAAAUACCUGGACCGGUUCAACGAUGAAUGCUUAGAAAUCAACGGCUUAACCGACUCGGUGGCCAGCCUCUGUCUGACGAACGGCCUCCUCAACGAGGACUUCCAAAAACACCUCACCACGAAACCGGUUUGGACGAUGCACGAGAUCCAAACUGUAGCUAAGGAAUACAUAAAUGAUGAGGAAGUCAGCCAAGUCGUGGCUGCCAAUAAAUGGCACUCCUCCUACAAUCCACCUAGGCAACAAGGUAAUGGAGAAAGACAGAAGGAGCAAGCCAGAGAUGGAGGGCCGAGCAAGGCACCCAGACCGUUUCCCCGGAUCGGAAAAUUUACUAACUACACUCUGCUCACUCUUCCCAUCAUGGAAGUUUAUCAGCAAAUAGCCGAGAAAGGAAUCUUGUCGAAGCCCCGACCACUCAAGGAUCAUAGUGGGGGAAACAAGAGCCUCUACUGUGACUACCACAAGGGCUAUGGGCACCAAACACAGGACUGCUUUGACUUGAAAGACGCACUAGAACAAGCGAUAAGGGACGGUAAACUAACAAAAUUCUCCCAUCUUAUAAGGGAGCCGAGGAGAUGA